AUGCACUAUUCUCCUCAGACUGAUAUGCUCACAAAUGCCAUGGAAUAUUUAUCUAAGUGGAACCGGAGCCACGCGGCGGACGCGAGCCGGGCAGCGACCGCCGUGCUCGAGCGUGCGUCAGAGCCCCGCAGUUCCUUCAUCUUCAUCACAGACGGCAGCGCAUUUUCCAUUUCGUUGACAAAGGACCUGGGGGAACGUGGAGCUCCUGGGGGAGUCUCUGUCCUGAGUGUGGAGGCGCGGUCGAGUUUGAACCAGACCAAAAGAAGCCUGUUCCGAGUCAUCCAGAUAGGCCGCCAGAUUCAGAAAGACUCUUGGAGAUCGACGGUGAUCGUGACUAGCUACGACCUCCUCUUCCUCACCGCUUUCGCCGAAGCCGCUGACGAAGGGCGCUUGGUGGGGAGCGAGACCCGGGUCCUCGUUGUGACGUCGCUGGCGCUGCCGAGGGUGCGGGGCCUCCUGGGGCAGCGCUGGGCCUUCUCCAUGUGCAACGCCAUGCUGCUCAACCUCCCCCGCGACGCUGCCGAUUCCAGGCAUAACCUGUUCGCGCACCUGCCCUACGGAGCGUUGGGCCCGCAGCUGGCGCGCAUCGCUUCCUGGACACCCGCCUCGGGCCUCAAGUUCAAGUCCGAGGUGCCGCUCUUUCCGCCCAAGUUCGACAAUUUCUACGGGGCACCCUUGAACAUGACGGUGCAUCCCUUCCCGCCAUAUUGGAUGGAGGUCGAGAGCGAGCGUCCAGAUGGCAGCACCGUCAAGAGGAUCGCCGGCAGGGACUACACGAUACUGGAGACGAUGGCCCAGGCACUCAACUUCUCCAUUUCUGUUAUGCCUGAUGCAGACUGGGAGGAGGCGAGACAGCUAUUUUCAUUGGCUCACUUUGGGAUUAAACGCACGCUGAAUGUCAAUAAUCAUACCGUUCAGAUGGUUUUUUUUUUUCUUGUUUCUGUUUGCUUAUUUAUCUCUAAAUGUCUACAUAUACAUCUGUGUUUGUAUACCGGUAUUCAUUUAUAAAUAUAUUCAAAUCUCUAUCUACCGAACUAUUAAGUACGUACAUAUGCAGUACGUAUGUAUUUCAUGCGCAUCCACUGGAGUGACGUAACCCAGCCGCCCUGCCGUCCCUUCAGGUGAUCCUUCGAGUGCAGGAGCG